CUCUCUCUCUUCUCUUUUUCCCCAAUAGGCAACUGCACGCGCCGCCGCAGCCUCUCUCUCUCUCUCCGCCGCUCCGGCUUUCUCCUCCUCUUGCUGCUCCGAUUGCUCCAUGGCGGGCGGCGACAGCGCGGCGGUGUCGGCGGUGGAGGGGAGGCUGUCGGAGCUCUCCACCAACAGCGACGAGAAGGGGCUCCCCAGGAGGGGCAAGUCUUUAUCAGGAAGGACAUUAAACACCGCACAGAUUCAACUCGUUGCAAGCCAUCCAGAGGUGUAUGAACCAUGUGAUGAUUCCUUUGCACUUGUCGAUGCGCUUCUUUCUGACAAAGCACAACUUUUGACGCUAAAGCCAAGAUUAUGCAUGGAGAUAGGAUGUGGCAGUGGCUAUGUUAUCACAUCUCUAGCAAUCAUGCUCAGGCAGUUAGGCUCAGGAACCCAGUACCUCGCUACUGAUAUCAAUCAACAUGCUGUGGAGACAACUCAAGCAACCCUUGAAGCCCAUGGCGUCCAUGCAGACGUGAUUGCUACUGAUAUUGUGUCAGGUCUUGAGAAACGCCUGCAUGGUUUGGUUGACGUUGUUGUUGUGAACCCUCCUUAUGUACCAACACCUGAGGAAGAAAUCGAGUCCAAUGGCAUCGCUUCAUCUUGGGCUGGAGGUAUAAACGGGCGCCAAGUGAUUGAUCGGAUCCUUCCUGCUGUGCGUGAGCUGCUAUCUGAAAGAGGGUGGCUGUAUAUGAUUGCUCUUGAAGAUAACGAUCCUCUGGAUAUCUGUCAUUUGAUGAAUGAGAAGGGCUAUGCAUCACGCGUUCUCUUGAAGAGAUGCACUGAAGAAGAAAGCCUUUAUGUUCUAAAGUUUUGGCAGGACGCUUCCACUGGCACAAACGCUUCUCAUGCCGCUAGAUCACCACGCUCUGAAUCCUCAUGGCUUUCUCAGCUGCCUUUCAGAUCCCUUUGGCAUAAGAAUGCAUAGUAGCUGUUAGCCUUGUCGAUUUAUCUCCAGUUCCAAAAGAUAGCAACAAGUACUUUGCAACCUUCAGAUGGCAGAAGUAUCUGUAAACAUGUCUGAAAUGAGAUGCUGCUGUUGGUCUCUGACUCCCUUCAAAAGAGUAAAAGAAUCAGAAAUCAGACUGACUUGGUGGACUUAGCUAUGAAUGGUCCUAUGAGCAAUUAGCAAUAAAGUUCCAACCCUUUUAUUUUGGGUGUUCUUCUAUUUUGGUGUGUAUAUGUGCUAGUCUGGAUUCCUUAUCUUACUGCACUUGUAAUAUGGGUCCUGUUAUUAUCGAAUGGAUUAGUAAACCAUAUCAGCGAAAAGAAUGUACGAGCAAGUUUCUGGAACUAUAACUACAUCAAAGUAGUUACUACAAGAAUAUCAUGAUGUCUGAUGUGUCUGUUGAA